UUGUGACAAAAAAUAAAUAGAAGGUAGGAAAAAAGGAAGAAGAGACCAAGGAAGAAAGAAAACGCACGCACGUACGCUGUCUCCGGCUCAAAUCCAUCGCCUUUGAUUAUCAGCGCCAGUUAAAUCUCUCACUUCUCCUCUCUUUCUAGGGAAGAGACAUAAAAGUGUUGUAUUAUCAAGGUUGAGCGAAAGGACAUUAGACAGUAGAGAAGGAAGAUGAGUUCUCCAGUGCCCAGAAGAGAGAGUCCAUGGGGUUUGCCGGAAGGUGAUAACAGACAGCCUAAGGCCCAUAGAUGCAACGACCGCGUUGAGGAUGUUGUUCAGGCAUGUUUUGAAGGCAAUCCAUUUAAAACGAUACCAGGGCCUUUCAAGCUAUUCUGGCGGUGCAUGCGGUCUAAGCCUGGGGAAGAGCCUACCGAGCCAUUCUACUAUUUGCAAUUGGAACCCCCAAAGAGAGAAGUGCACCUUGAGUAGAGCUUUGCUUGUGUUAAUUUCUAAACCUGUAAUGAAUCCUGUCACUCUAGGUUGUGUUACUUGGCGACAACAAUCUGCACUUCGGAAGGUUGUUCAUGGCGAAUAUUCCCUCGAAAGCUUAUGUUCUAGUAUUUCCUGUUUCCGAAUAAGGACGAAUAUUUUCCCCACCUCUGUCCUUUAUUCUCUCUUUUGUUGCAUUUAUUUUGACUAAUGCUUGUACCUGCUCAUUAUAAUAAAUUCAACGAUGACAUGCCUUACGUUCAUAA